AUCAAAUCUGCGAAUUGCGAGGCGAAGUUGGGCGAAAAUUGGCGAGUGGAAUUUUGUCGUUUUAAAGGAACAUUACGUGUACUUUCACAUUUGAUUUACCAUGGAUGAAUCUAUGACUGAACAGGAUCAACAACAGACACAAGAUUCCUCCGGCUUAACAUGUUAUUUGCAUAAUAUUUCGGAAAUCAAGAAUGCGUCAGACUCCAAAAGAAAAUAUUUUAAUUGUAUCGUCCAGUGCGCUGACAAGCCAGUCAGAGCAGUCUGUUUUUCGCCGGAGAAAAGGCCAGGAUUACAGGCUCUGUCAAACUCAAAAAGCCCAGUUAAGCUGAAAAAUUACAAACAAUCAAGCAACACCAACGAUGAUCUCACCAUCACCAAAUUCACCAAGGUUUCAGCACUUGAUAAGAGCGAAGUCAAUUUUGCCUUUUCGGAAGAUAUUUCUUCAGCGUCGACCGGCAAACCAGUUAAUAUUUCCGCCAUAUCAAAGCUAGCUUCAGAACAACUGAUCGAAAUCAAAGGUAAAGUGAUGAAAAUGUCUGGUAUUAAAGUACAGUCAACACGUUUUGGACAAGUAAAGAAACAGGAUGUCAUUGUAGCGGACCCCACUGGCACAAUUAAACUUGUUCUUUGGGGAGAGUACAUAAAUUCUCUCCAACAAAACGAGACCUACACCUUAAAGAAUGUCCGGGUAAAAUCGACGAAAUACGAUCACUACCUCAAUACCCCGAAAAACGAAGGUUUUGUUGCAGUUGAUGCUACUCCUUAUUCUGUACCUGUCGUGGAAUAUGAGGACGAAAUUGACACAACAUCAACAGUCAAUGGUACCAUUAUAGGAGUACAACAAGCUUCCAAACAUAUCGGUUGUAAUGGCUGUGCCAAACGAAAUGUUGAAAUCGUUGCUCCCAACAAGGCUAUCUGCCAGUUUUGCAAGCUACAACAGCUACCCUCAACCUGUCCUGUCCACUGGUCUCUGCGUAUUCUCGUUAAGCCCAAAAGCGGCUCCAAAAAUCUCCAUCUUCGUCUAGACAGCGUUUCAACGCAGCGUUUGCUGGAGGUCAUCAACCCUGCAUUUCAACUUAAGACAACUACCGAAGAUGCUAUCACUACGAUGAUUCUGGAGAAUUACCAGACCUCUCUAACUUUUACGUAUGAUGCGUUUAGUUACCAAGUUAGCGACAUUUGUCGUUCUGAGGUGGAGCCUGUUAAACUUUCUACACCUUAAAGAACACAGCAUGUUAUCUACAUUUAAAACUGUCUAUCAUGUAAGGUAGAACAUUUCAAACACUUGUUGCAAUUUUUGUUCGUUCACCAUAGUUCAUAAAAAAACUUCUUAUUGACUUUACUGUUGCGGGCCAUACUACAAUAUUGCAAUGUUUAUAUUAAAAAAUUGCUCGAGCAAAUUGUAACCGUCGCAAACAAAUUGCAAGUUGAAAUUUACAAUAGUUCAUAGUGCCAUCAGGGGCUUUGUUUUAAAAUUUGUUGUAAAUUUUAACUUGCAAUUUGCCCGCGUCGGUUGCAAUUUGCUCGAGCGAUUUGCCAAUAUGGGUGAGGGAUUUGUUACUUUAUUUUUUUUACUUAGUUUUGUUACUUAGUUCUGUUACUUAACACUAUCCUCUAUACAGUUACAUCAAUUUCUUUGUCUCAAAAAAGUGAAGCCUUUUAACUAUACAACAUAUAACUGUAGUCAUCCUACACCUGAGAUUGCUCUGAGACAGUCUCUGACUUUGAAUUAAUGGAUAAAUAAGAACACAUGGGAUACUGUAUUUUUUAAAUUUUCUUAUUUUUGUUUAUAUCUCCUCUGUGCCAUGAGUAACAGAGCUAUCAAAUUAUUUCAAAAUUUACACCUAAUUUCAAGUUGAAAGAUUCACUUUUUAUAAGACUGUAAUUUCAG